UUGAAUCCGCGGCGUUGUUAUUGACGCCAUAUUGCUGGUGUGGGAGUCACAGAGGGAAGCGCCGCUGCCGCCGCCGCCCGGGCCCCGCCGCCAUCGCUCGUCAUCGGCUGCCCCAGACCGGGUAGCCGGGCCCGGCCCCGCGCCCCUCGUCUCAGCUCCUGCCCCGCCACCGGCCGCGGGCGGAAUUGGCCCAGCCAGGGUAGGGUGGGCGGCGAGCGCGGGGAUUCAGCCGGCCGAGCCGGAGCCGCUGGGGGGGCCGGGGCCGCUCCCCAGAGAGAGGCCGACAGGGAGGCGGCGGAGGCCCUGACGCAGCUGCCCCCUCCUUUCCCCGCCGCCCUCCCUUCCCUCCCCCCCAGCCCGCCCCAGCCAGCGGGGAAGGCGCCUCUGGGCAGGGCCGGCUGCUGCCACCACCGCUGCCGCUGCCGUCUCCCCUGGCCUUCGCUCCGAGCCCCCUUCCUCAGCCCCGCCGCCGCCCCGCGCCAUGGCUUGCGGCGCCACUUUGAAAAGGACUCUGGAUUUCGACCCGCUGCUGAGCCCGGCGUCUCCGAAGCGGAGGCGAUGUGCGCCAUUGUCAGCCCCGGCCUCGGCUGCCGCCUCCUCCUCCUUCGCCGCCGCCUCCCCGCAGAAAUACCUGCGCAUGGAGCCCUCACCCUUCGGAGAGGUGUCGUCCCGGCUCACCACAGAACAAAUUCUGUACAACAUAAAACAGGAGUACAAACGCAUGCAGAAGAGGAGACACUUAGAAAAUAGCUUCCAGCAGACAGAUCCUUGUUGUUCUACUGAUGCACAGCCACAUGCAUUUCUCCUUACUGGACCAGCUUUGCCAGGUACUUCAUCUGCAGCAUCAUCACCAUUGAAAAAAGAACAGCCCCUGUUUACUCUCAGACAAGUUGGAAUGAUCUGUGAACGUUUGCUGAAAGAACGUGAAGAGAAAAUCCGUGAAGAGUAUGAAGAAAUUUUGACCACAAAACUUGCAGAACAAUAUGACGCAUUUGUGAAGUUCACGCAUGAUCAAAUCAUGCGACGAUAUGGAGAACAGCCCGCCAGUUACGUUUCAUGAAUCACACUUCUGCAUAUGUGGGCUGCCCUAUACACCCUGUUUUAUUGUUGCAAGCUGUCCCAGUAAAGACUUGCAGCAAUGCCAUAUUUUUUCCCCCUGUGAACACAGGUUAUUUCAAGCUUUUGUCAGUGGCAACCACUCUUAUGCAGCAACUGGUUUUGGAGUGCUCCCUGAUGUCAGUACCACCUGGAUGUGGACCUUUGCUACCUGUAAUAAUACCAGUGGCCUCAUUUGCUGUAUCAUUACAAUUUGGCUUCUUAUGUUAAUAAGUUGGAAAAAGUAAAGGAUUAAAGCUGGUGUUCUAGAAGUUGCCCUUCACUGGUUGUGUAAAUAAAAACGUAGAAUGACACUUCUGACUGAAGUUAGUGUGGUUUUCAUAACUGUGCACUACAACAAAGCUAUAAUCAGAGUUAAAUUAGAAUGUAAUCCCAGGACAAUUUUAAGCAAAUAGCCCACAGUACUGCCUGUGAAAUAGUGAAGGAGGGCAUUUCUGUAUUCCAUGACUUUUUUGGGGGUUAAGAAUGGGUUUAUAUGAUUUCUCAUUUUUGUAGUUUUUAUUUAUUCUAUCAGUCUUUAACAAAUGUUUAUUGCUGCAAUUUUUCAGUGUAUCAUUGUUUUACUGCCCUUGUAGUACUGGAAUUUAGUUGGAAGAAUAAAACAUUUACUUCUAA